AUGGCUGAUGGACUUGGACCGUUGUUUCGGAAAGCGGAUGGGCUCAAGAGAGAUGUGGACUCCGCCCUCGAAGCGAUGGCUGCUCCAAAGGCGCAGCAAGGUUCCGACGUGGCUCUACAGCAGCGCUUAGCAGCGCUCUUCGCAGAUUUGACAAAUACCUCUCAGCGGAUACGAGAGGAGGUUGAUGCGAUGCCUGAGAAAGGAAGAGCCGGUUGGGACAGAAAGGUGAAUCGUUUGGAGGAGGAUGUGUCUGUGAUUCAGAGUGCUGUGGACAAGCAGCUUGGGACUUUUUACCGAGUCAGAAGGGAGGAGGAAAACUGGAAGAAACUUCUGGGCGAUAGAAAGAAGCGAGAUGGGCCUGACGAUGAAAUGCAGGGCUUGGCCAAGGAGAACAAGGCGCUGCGAGACUCGGCCUCUGCAUUGGACGAAGUCUUGGACCAAGCCCGCUCCAUCCUUGGCAAUUUGGUGAAUCAGAACAAAGUUCUGAAAAAUGCCCGGCGGAAAUUGUUGGAUGCUGCCAGCAGUUUCGGAGUUGCCCAGAGCCUUGUGAACGUCAUCGAUCGCAGACAAACUGGCGAUAAGUGGCUGGUGUAUGGCGGGAUGGCAUUGACGCUCUUUAUUCUGUUCUCACUCUGGUACUUGCUGCGCAUGUGA